CCAUGGGGGUCCCUGAGGAGACCAUGGGGGUGAUGUUCACACCCCUCACAAUGAAGUAUGCCUACUAUGACAUGGAACUGAUAGGAGUUGACCUCAUCAUGAAGACUUGUUUCAGCCCCAAUCGAAUGAUUAGUUUGUCCAGCGACCUGGAGCAGGUGGGAGCAGCUUCUGGUCGGAUUCAGGACACCUUGAGCACCAUGCUGCAGUAUGCAGAAGAUGUGCUGUCUGGCAAAGUGGCUGCUGACAACACCGCUGGCCAUUUUCUGAUGGAUCUCAUCAACCAGGUCCCCAAGAUCUUCCUGGAGAACUUUGAGACCAUGCUGAACAGCAGUAUCAAUGACCUGUUGAUGAUGACUUAUUUGGAAAACCUCACACAGUCCCAGAUUGUGCUCAGUGAAAAAAUCCUAAACCUGUAAAGGAACUUGUGCCCAUCAUGCAAGAAGAAAGCAUGAAGAGAACUGGAUUGGGGCCUUGUAAUCCAAAACCUUAGCAGGACUGUAAUUCUGAAAAAGCCUGCUCACGAAAUCUUCCUUUCUACAACCCUCCAGAGACAAAGAGAUUGCAAAGAUAAAUCGCAUAAUUAAGAGUCAGUUGGCAACUCACAAAUUGUUUGGUUUCUGUGAUUAUAAGUAUCACACCAUAUCUCUUUUGUAAGGAUAUUUGGCUCUAAAUAAG